AUGCUUACUCUCAUUGAAGAAUGUGCAGGUUAUACUGUAUGGAUACAUAACAAGGUAGUGGCUGGCACUGCUUCUGAGGCUGCUGCCACCCAUGAAGAUGAACGUGACAUAUUUGAUUGGCCAUCCAACGACGCAAUUGCUCAAAAAAGUGCAAUUGCUCACAAAGGAGCAAUCACAGCAAUGUUAAUUCCGAUUGUUACUGUGAAGGAUGAUUGA